GCCCAUCCUCGACGUCCUCAUGGGAGCGGGAUACCACUUCUCCAUCCCGACGGCACCUGACGGAGCGCCCACUCUUUCGCCCCAGGAAGAGGAAGCGUGGAUGGAAGAGCGCCGCCGUAGCCUCGCCCGCAUGCGCGCCCGGCGCGAGAAGCGGCGCGAGAUCGGCCCCAUGCCGAGCCCUGGGCAGCACGCAGACGAGGCACACCUGUACGAGCCGGAGUUGGGCUACAGCCACGGAAGUGACUCGGACAGCGGAAGCAUCAGCGCGCAGGGGAGCUGGACGUCGAACACGGAGAAGCGCGAGGUGGCCGAGCUCGUAGCGCAGCGGGAACGGGAGCAGGAACGGGAAAGGGAGCGAGAGAGGAAGCGCAUGCCUGCGUCCGUCACGAAGAAGGUUGAGGCUCCUGUGAAGGAGCGCCGCGGGUCCAGGGGGCUAGGGCUGCACGUCUCGAACCCGGACGACCAGUAUAACGACUACGAUCGUGCCACACGGGAACCCCACCACCGCAAGCAUCAUGGCUCGGCCCGGGUGCAGGUCGCUCACCAGGAAGACACGCCCGAGUGGGGUAGUGGCACGCUGAGCCUGGCGUAC